GGCGGCGGCGGCGGCAGCGCCGUCAGCGGCACCCGGGCGGUAGGGAGCUUCAGGCUCCGGAGCAAGAUGGCCGCACGAGUGCUGCUCGCGCGAGGAGGCCUGCUGCGGCCAGCCGCCCCCGGCAGCUUCCUGCCCGGGCUCCGGACAGUGACAUCCUCAAGUCCCAGAGCUCGGGAAGACAGCUGGCUGAAGUCCUUGUUUGUCAGAAAGGUAGACCCAAGAAAAGACGCGCACUCCAACCUCCUGGCCAAGAAGGAGACGAGCAGUCUGUACAAGUUACAAUUUCACAACGUUAAGCCGGAAUGCCUAGACGCAUACAACAAGAUUUGUCAAGAAGUGUUACCAAAGAUUCAUGAAGGCAAGCAGUACCCUUGUACCUUGGUGGGAACAUGGAACACGUGGUAUGGCGAGCAGGAUCAAGCCGUCCACCUCUGGAGGUAUGAAGGAGGCUAUCCAGCCCUCACGGAGGUCAUGAAUAAACUCAAAGAAAACCAGGAAUUUGUAAAUUUCCGUAAGGCCAGAAGCGACAUGCUUCUCUCCAGGAAGAAUCAGCUGCUAUUGGAGUUCAGUUUCUGGAAUGAGCCAGUGCCGAGAUCAGGACCUAAUAUAUAUGAACUCAGGUCCUAUCAACUCCGACCAGGGACAAUGAUCGAAUGGGGCAAUUACUGGGCUCGAGCCAUUCGCUUUAGACAGGACAGUAACGAGGCAGUUGGGGGAUUCUUCUCUCAAAUUGGGCAGCUAUAUAUGGUGCAUCAUCUUUGGGCUUAUAAAGAUCUUCAGACCAGGGAGGACAUACGGAGUGCAGCGUGGCAGAAACAUGGCUGGGAGGAACUGGUGUACUACACGGUCCCGCUUAUUCAGGAAAUGGAGUCCAGAAUCAUGAUCCCGCUCAAGACCUCACCCCUCCAGUGAAGCUUCCACGUGCCUACACGGAUUUCCGGGAUGAAUACAUGUCAUGAAUUCGUUUCAGCCAUUCAUCAAGUGAAAAAAAGAAACCGAGGUGUAAACUGCUGUACAUAGCUUGUGAGAUCUCUUUUCUUUAAAAUUUGCAUAAUCACGAAGGGAAAUCGGGGAUCGGACUACGAGAGCAUCACUCUGACACAGCUCUGCUUACCAAACCUAAGCCUCUAGCCCUUCAGGAAGACAUGAUUGUUUGAAGCUGGGGGUGGUAGCUUGCACUCAGGGAGCUGAGGCAGGAGAAUUAUAAUAAGUCCUAGGUCAAUCUGGGCUACACAGAGAGUUUCAGGCAAGCUUGGACCCCAGGGCUUCCAUAGUCAGACCCUGUCUCAAAAACCAAAUUUAAAAUUCGAAACCUCUCUGAGUAAAAUUCUAGCUCUGAAAAAGAAUCAGCUUUUGCUUUCUUUAAAAAAAAAAAAAAAAAAAAAAAAUCUGUUUUAUGUUUACAGAUUUCUACAAAUUUCUUUCCUUCGGGAAGAAAUACAAAUUAUGUUGUUUCCCGAGCAAAUUUUCUGAGUCUCAAACUAGGAACAAAUUAUGAGUGUACCCAAUGGCUGAAAAGGUUCUGAUUUUGUGACUUUUGGUCAGUCAAGGAGGGCUGAGCAGUGUACCACCCUGAACUGGAAGGGUGGUCACGGGGCACCUGCCCAGUAAUUCGGGCUCCACCAGGCACUGGGUCCUGAGGGGUUGACAUGAACCAGUGCCCCACAUGCGAUUUGGUAAUAAACACCUCAGAUAGCUCUAAUUUUAUUUGUAAUAUUUUUCUAUAAAACAAGUAGCUCUUGAAAAAAGAGGUUUUAUUUUGUAAGCCACCAUCUGUGACCUCUGACCUCUGGUUCUAUUUUGGUAAGCGCACAGCAGACACUUCCAAGAUCUUGUAUGAAGGGCAGUGCACGUUGGGUCUAAGUUGACAUAAAGCUUCAUAUUCUGUCUGUCUCCGUUUGGUUUUGUUUUUUAACGUAGUGUGCCAAUUUUGUGGCUGCAGUCCUGUGAAAGUCCCACUGAACUGAAGAAUUAUGUCUGCCCUGCAAACUGAUAUGUGUAAAAUAAAGUAUGACUAAAUCUCCUA